AUCUCUCUCUCUCUCAUGAGUCAUGACGCAUGCAUGUGAUCCGUGGUUACAUGUAAGGCGGAGGAAGCCGCCUUGAGCAGACUACGGGUCAAAGUGAGGCUAGAUUAUCCUAGCCUACUAUAUAACCCUGGGUGUAACUUGUAAAACUCUUUUCAGCUACUUCCCCCCCUCUCUCUCUCUCUUUCUCCCUCCCCCUCUAGCAGCCAUGGAGAAUUAUCCCAUUCUGUUUGGGACGCAGCCCUCAUCUUCCACCUCCAACUCAUACCACUUCGUGGCAGGAGCGAGCAGCCAUCACCAUGGUCAAGCAGCUGGCAAUAACACCGGCGGCGGCCUCUUCUCGGCGUCCAAGCAGGAGGAGCCCUCCGACGGUGGUGGUGGCGAUGAUGGUGCAGGAAGCAGCUCGCAGGGCGGCGGCGGCGAGGCCGACGUCGUCGUCGUCGGGAAGAAGAAAGGCGAGAAGAGGGAGCGGCGGCCACGGUUCGCGUUCCAGACGCGCAGCCAGGUCGACAUCCUCGACGACGGCUACCGGUGGAGGAAGUACGGGCAGAAGGCCGUCAAGAACAACAACUUCCCCAGGAGCUACUACCGGUGCACACAUCAAGGAUGCAACGUGAAGAAGCAGGUGCAGCGGCUAUCGCGAGACGAAGGUGUGGUCGUAACGACAUAUGAGGGCACCCACACGCACCCAAUUGAGAAGUCUAAUGACAACUUUGAGCACAUACUCACCCAGAUGCAGGUCUAUUCAGGCCUCAACAACGUCUCCCAAACCUUUGGCAACCAACACAUGUUUCAAUGAACAUCGCAUGCAUGGCUGAACAAUGCCUAUGCAUGCUCGUAGAGAUUAUGUUGAUUUGUACAUUAACCCUAGACAUGUACGUGAAAGAGUAAUAAAGCGUGAUUUCAUAGCUGGAUAGAUGCAGCUGGUUA